AUAGAGUUCAUUCUAGUAUAAAACAAAAAGCAAAUGCAGUUGUACCAAGGAAAGAAUCUAAAAUCUUUGAAGACACCGUGAAUGCCCUCUUCUUACUCACCACAUUUACUUCUAUUCCCUUCACAAUUUCUCACCCAAACCCUAAAACCUUCACUCUCUUUUCCAACGAUGAAGGAUCGGCCUCCAUCCUCAUCUGGCGCCGUCUACAUCCCUCCCCACCACCGCCUCGGCCCCCACAUGUCAUCUCCCAACAACCACAAAGCCACCAAGAAGGGAGCAGAUUUAUCCGCUUCAGCCUCCACGAUUCACUCCAAGCUUAGCGACCGCCAAAACAAACCUGUUUUGAAUGCCAAGGGAACUGCUCUUCCUCCUCCUUCGCUACACUUGCAACAGCAACAGCAACAGCAACAGCAACAGCAACAGCAACAGCAACAGCAACAGCAGGGGACUUAUAAUAGCAAUUAUGGUAGUAAAAAUAGUAAUAAUCAAAACCCACAGUAUAAUUCAGCUUAUUAUUUGGGGAUUCCCGAGAAUGGCUCUGAUCACCAGCUGGAUUUGCCUUUGCAAUCGGGUUCUUUCAAUGAAGCUAACCUUGAAGAGUGGAAGCGAAAGCUAGCCAUACUCUUACAUGAUGACGGGAAACAGGAGUUGGUGUCAAGGGAGAAGAAGGACAGGCGUGACUUUGAGCAAAUAGCCGCUUUGGCAGGCAGAAUGGGUUUGUAUAGCCAUCUUUAUUCCAAAGUUGCCGUAUUCAGCAAGGUGCCCCUGCCUAACUACAGAUUUGACCUGGAUGAUAAGCGUCCACAGAGGGAGGUGAACUUAAAUUUUGGUUUGUUGAAGAGAGUUGAUGCCUAUCUUGGAGAAUACCUUUCUAAAAAGUGUAGGAAUAAUGAAAGCUUUUUGGAUAAUUGUUUUUCAAGAUCAAGCAGUAAUAGCAGUAUAAUUACUGAAGAAGGUUUUUUUGAGCAGCCAGAGCCACUAGCAUCUGGCACAGCUGUUAUGGAGAAAAUUCUUUUGCGAAGAAGUUUGCUGCUGCGUGAUCAGCAACAAGCGUGGCAGGAGUCUCCUGAAGGAAAAGGAAUGCUAGACUUCCGUCAAAGUCUUCCUGCUUAUAAAGAGAAAGAUACCAUAUUGACAGCCAUUUUGCAGAAUCAGGUUGUUAUUAUCUCAGGUGAAACUGGGUGCGGCAAGACCACACAACUUCCCCAAUUUAUUUUAGAAUCUGAGAUAGAUUCUGGCCGUGGAGCUUUUUGUAGCAUUAUAUGUACACAACCCAGGCGAAUAUCUGCUAUAUCUGUUUCAGAAAGAGUUGCUUCAGAAAGAGGAGAGAAAUUGGGUGAAUCUGUUGGAUAUAAAGUACGGCUUGAGGGUAUUAAAGGGAGGGAUACUCGUCUUCUCUUUUGCACAACAGGCAUUUUGUUGAGAAGACUACUAGUGGAUAGAAAUUUAAAAGGUAUAACUCAUGUCAUUGUGGAUGAGAUUCAUGAACGGGGGAUGAAUGAAGAUUUCCUUCUCAUUGUCCUUAAAGAUCUGCUUCCUCGCCGCCCUGAAUUAAAGUUGAUUUUGAUGAGUGCAACUUUGGAUGCUGAGCUUUUCUCCUCAUAUUUUGGCGGGGCACCUUUAAUCCACAUUCCAGGUUUUACAUACCCAGUUCAAACACAUUUUUUGGAGAAUAUUUUGGAGAUGACUGGUUAUAGGUUGACUCCAGCUAAUCAAAUUGAUGAUUAUGGCGAAGAAAGAAUGUGGAAAAUGAGUAAACAAGCCCCGAGAAAGAGGAAGAGCCAAAUUGCCUCUUCUGUUGAGGAUGCACUCCGAGCAGCUGAUUUUAAGGAUUUCAGCCCUCAGACCCAGGAGUCUUUGUCAUGUUGGAAUCCUGAUUGUAUUGGUUUCAAUCUCAUAGAAUAUCUUUUAUCAUAUAUCUGUGAGAAUGAAAGGCCCGGUGCAGUUCUAGUCUUUAUGACGGGGUGGGAUGACAUAAGUUCUCUGAAGGAAAAGCUGCAAGCUCAUGCAAUCCUUGGACAUCCUAGCCGAGUUUUGUUACUUACUUGCCAUGGUUCUAUGGCUAGUUCUGAGCAGAAGCUAAUUUUUGAAGAGCCUGAAGAUGGAGUGAGGAAAAUUGUAUUAACUACUAAUAUUGCUGAGACGAGCAUAACGAUUAAUGAUGUUGCUUUUGUUCUUGAUUGUGGUAAGGCCAAGGAGACAUCGUAUGAUGCACUGAAUAACACUCCUUGUUUGCAAUCGUCGUGGAUUUCCAAGGUUUCUGCUCUACAAAGAAGAGGAAGAGCUGGGCGAGUGCAGCCUGGGGAGUGUUACCAUCUCUAUCCUCGAUGUGUAUACGAUGCCUUCGCUGAAUAUCAAUUACCUGAAAUUUUGAGAACGCCUUUGCAGUCUCUUUGUCUGCAAAUCAAAAUUUUGAAACUCGGUAGUAUAUCUGAAUUUCUAUCAAGGGCAUUGCAGUCACCAAAGUUACUGGCGGUUCAAAAUGCCAUUGAAUAUUUAAAAAUCAUUGGGGCGUUGGAUGUGAAUGAGAAUCUAACUGUGUUGGGGCGUUAUUUGACUAUGCUUCCAAUGGAGCCAAAACUUGGGAAGAUGCUCAUCCUUGGUGCUAUCCUUAAUUGUCUGGAUCCUGUGUUAACUAUUGUUGCUGGUCUUAGUGUUAGAGAUCCAUUUUUGACACCAUUAGACAAGAAAGAUCUUGCAGAGGCUGCAAAGUCGCAGUUUUCCCAUGAUUAUAGUGACCACCUUGCACUUGUUCGGGCCUAUGAGGGCUGGAAAGAAGCUGAGAUAGACCUUACUGGUUAUGAUUACUGCUGGAAAAAUUUUCUUUCUGCACAAUCAAUGAAAGCAAUUGAUUCACUUCGGGAGGAAUUUCUUUCAUUGCUCAAGGAUACUGGUCUUAUUGAUGACAAUGCAACUAGCUUUAAUUGUUGGAGCUAUGAUCAGCAUCUCAUCCGGUCAAUUAUUUGUUAUGGGCUGUACCCUGGAAUUUGCUCUGUUGUGCAUAAUGAGAAAUCAUUUUCACUGAAAACUAUGGAGGAUGGACCUGUGCUUCUAUACUCAAACUCUGUUAAUGCUCGGGAAUCUAGAAUUCCGUAUCCUUGGCUGGCGUUCAAUGAGAAGAUAAAAGUGAACUCUGUUUUCCUGCGGGACUCAACCGCCGUCUCUGAUUCAGUGCUUCUCCUGUUUGGCGGUAGCAUCUCAAGAGGAGAUGUAAGAUUUUCUCCUGAUGGACACUUGAAGAUGUUGGGAGGGUACCUAGAAUUUUUCAUGCAACCUUCUCUAGCAGAAAAAUAUCUAAGUUUAAGGAGAGAAUUUGAUGAGCUGAUUCAAAAUAAAUUACUGAAUCCCCAAAUGGUCCUACAUAUUCAUCAUGAGUUGAUUUCUGCCAUACGGCUACUGGUUUCUGACGAUCAGUGUGAUGGAAGAUUUGUAUUUGGCCGUCAGGACCUUAAACCAUCAAAUAUGCCUGUUAUUCCACCAAAACAGUCUCUAAUUUCUAGGACAGAGAGUGGUCCCGGGGGUGAUAAUCCUAAAAGUCAACUCCAAACAUUGGUCACUAGGGCAGGAUAUGCCACGCCAACCUACAAGACAUAUCAAUUGAAAAACAGUCAGUUCCAAUCUACUGUUGAGUUCAAAGGUAUGCAAAUCACUGGGCGGCCUUGCAACAACAAGAAGAAUGCAGAAAAAGAUGCUGCAUCUGAGGCUUUGCAGUGGUUAAUGAGUGAUACUGGGAUGGGCCAUGAGUAUAUCAAUUAUAUGUCGAUGUUGCUGAAGAAAAGCAAGAGGGAUCACUGAUCUACAACGGUUCAGUGUCCUUGAAGAUUUUGUGAGGAACAAUGAUCCCAACAAAUGAUUUCAAACCCAAUUUUUGUUCUUUUUUUCAUGGUUAUGUUGGCCCUAUUCUGUGGAAAACAAAGUAAUUGCAUUGCCACCUGGAAAGGCAAGACAACACCACAAUUUUGAGACUUCCGGUAUGGUCGCAAUCAUGUGGAUGAUUUACUAGAAAAAGCAGGCCCAUUUUAUCUCUGCUAGUGACCUGCAAACAGCUUACUAACUAAGGCUAAGUGGACUAGAAUUGACCUAUACUACAAGCAUCAUGUUGCUGAUCUUUGAUUGAAGUAAUCGAUUGCGUUCUGGGUGAACACUAAAUCAAUUGCUUCUCAGGGUCUGAAAAUGUACAUACACUAGGACAGUUGGCUGAUUGUUCUACAG